CGUACCUCCAGUCGACGACAGCCUUCCUCGUCAUCAUCUGGAGAUCAAGAGCCCGGCCGGCCCAUGCUCGAUGGCUCUCGGAAGAACCUGGGGAGAAGAGGAGGCUGACGCCGCCGCUGCAUCAGAGCUUCAUCAGGCGCCAGCCUGCUUCCAGGCAUCGGCCCUAGCCGGCCUCGCCACGACCUCCAUGGCCGUCACCUUGGCGGUGCGCGAGCCGCCGCCGGGGCUCGACAAGAACACGUACCUCCUCGCUGUUGCAGGGGCAUUCUUCGCUGGGGUCGCGGAGGUCAUCACUGCCGCCGUCUGCGUCUCCAACAAUCCCCGCGCUCGCUGUGCCGCGGGGAAGAAGCUCAUGUACGCCUCCGUCGCGCCACUGGCCGCGGUCGUCGGUCUCUCCGUGGCCUCGCUGCUCUGGUAAUAACCUCGUCGGUCGCUCGUCGUCCAUGCCGCCGCCGGAGACUCCUCCUCACUGUCGGCGGCCCCAGCUCCGGUUGCAGCCAGCCUUCACUGCUCCUGCUAUGUAAUAUGUGUUGUCGUCCUCAGCUGCGUCGGUCAGGUCUCAAUAAGCAUCAAGCAGCUCCAUGCAUGAUCCACCGUGUCGUUUACUGCUUCUGGCUGUUUAUGCUGUUCACUCGUGCGUCCAAGAGUCAGUAUGAAGUAUUCUUUUUUUUCCUCUUCUCCUCCUGCAAAGGGAAGGAGUUGUUUACAGUCGUUUUGCACUCCAGGGCAUCGGCUAUCAUGUUGCUCUAUGCUAAAUAACUGGUGUCAUCCCUGAUCAGCCACAUAU